AACAAAAUUCUGCUACUGCGGCUACAGCUACACUACAGCCAGGAUCGACGCUCUGAGAUCAAUCCACCGGCGGUCGACUUAGCGGGUCUAGUGAAGACCCACCAAAUCAACAGCAGAUCGCUCUCCAGUCGAUCCCUGUACUCUACCCCCAACAAGAAGAGUAAGAAAAGGGAGGUGGAAGAAAGGAAAGAAGAUGAUUGAUCGAAAAAAAGAGGCUUUUUGAUGUGAUUUAGUAGUUGGAAAGGAGGAGCAGCCAGUGCCAUAUGAUUCUGUGAACUUCUGACACAACCCCUUUGGGCCACCAAUGGACCACAAUUCGAAAAUCGCUGUCCUAUAAUCUCCAAGGAAUAUGGAAGAUACACAGGGAGGUAAUCAACGUGGCCUUUAUAAAUAGCUGAAUUACGCUUCAUUGUUUUUUUUCUUGUGGCUUAUGCAUGGAGAAGCAUACGCUGCCUGUGAAACUUUGAAAAGCUUAACGGAAGUGAAACAGGAAGUCUGAUCCUUUCACAGUUUGUUGAUCUGUAAAGACGAGCUGAGUCUGUAAAGACUGGUUUUCUACAACUGACAAAACAACUUGGGGGAAAAAAAUCUAGUUGGAAGGAGCCCCAAGAGAGGAGAUGCUGAGACGCCUGGACAGAGGAGAGAGCAAGAAUAGAGAGCAACUCACUGAACCCGUAAAAAGCAACAGAGUUAACCAAUCAUCAAAAAAAAGCAUUGCAGCACUUCCAGGAGUAACCUCCUUUCAUGUCAGGAAUGAAAUGCAAUCCUGGAUGACCACUAUCAACCAAUUCUUACAUAUUGUGUGGCAAAAAAUAGAGAGACAACUAAUAUUAGUCAUGUCUUUUCUCCUUGCUGCUCUCUGGUAUUGUAGAAGGCUCUAUGCAUACUUAGCACAGCUGUUGAAAUGGUGGAGCAGAUAUCUGCAGAGAAAAUUUAAAAAGAACCUCAGUGUACUGGCAGAAGUUGAUCUGCUUGGUUAUUGUGCAAGAGAAUGGAAAGGAGAAACCAAGCAGGCCAAGCAGAUGAAGGCGGCUUAUAAAGAACUAUUUUGGAGAUACCAUAUUAAAUAUAUACGACAAGUCAGAAGAGAUAACUACUGUGCAUUAAGAGCUGUGCUGUUUCAGGUAUUCAGCCAGGGCAUUUAUUUUCCAUCAUGGAUGAAGGAGAGAGACAUUUUAAAGCUCCCUGAAAAGCUUCUGUAUUCACAAGGCUGCAACUGGAUUCAGCAAUAUAGUUUUGGACCAGAAAGAUACACAGGCGCCAACGUAUUUGGAAAAUUACGUAAAUGUAUUGAAACAUUAAAGACACAGUGGACUGAAAUAAGUGGUGUUAAAGACCAUGACGAAAGAGGAAACAUGUGCAAUAUCCUUUUCUCUGAUGAAAGCAAGGAAUAUAAGCUGUAUGAGGCUAUAAAAUUCAUCAUGCUUUACCAAGUUGUGGAAGCCUAUGAACAGAUGAAGAAUGAGCAGAAACAUGUCCCCAUCCUUUUUAGCCUCCUUUUUGCUCGUGAUACGUCAUCUGACCCUUUGAGUUUCAUGAUGAAUCAUCUGAAUUCCAUAGGGGACACGGGUAGUCUGGAGCAGGUUGAAAUGUUUCUUCUUGGAUAUUUACUUGAAGUAAAGAUAAGAGUUUACAGAUUGUAUAAAUUUAACACUGAAGAGUUUCAAGUAAACUAUCCAGAGGAGUAUCACAGAGACUGGCAGGAAGUCUCUCUUCUGACUGAGGAUGACCAUCACUAUCACAUCCCCAUUAUUAGAAUAUAAGACUGAUUUCUAACCAUGAAGUACAAGAAGUGACCAUCUCCAGUAAAUUAUCACCUUUAAGCCAAGUCCUUUGCCGGCAACAGUAGGAUUUCAAGUAACAUAAAAUUAUGACUGCAGGACACACAGGUUUAUUAUGUUAACAUCUUGCUUGCUUGUACUGACCCAUAUCACCUGUGAUCUGCCUCAGAAAAACAAAAAAUACAUAAUUAUACAAUCAGGACAAACUGACACAUUAGGGUCCUCAAAUUAAAAAAAAUAGGGUAAAUCACCUGCGAGAAAACAUUUUCACUAGAUAGUUGAUAGUCACUUGUUGAGCUAAGUCCAAAAGAUGUGUUGUGUAUAAACUUACAAUGCCAAAUGAUACCUAUUGUUUGUUUAAGAAGGGUGCUUCAGCCACUGACUUGGGAGAGAAACAAAGGCAAUAAUAAAAAGAAAUAACUUGCA